AUUAAAUCACUUUUUAUAUGUGCCUUGCUUAUAGGAUUGAGUGUAGCCUCACUCUCAGAAGAAGGUGAAGUUAUAGCCAAAUUGACAUAAUUGGAACAAAGUGAAUUUGGUCGAUAUUUGAUUCACACAAUUUAACUGGAGAUGGAAACAUCUGACAGUUUAGACCACUUAAUCAACGUACUAGAAAAGUUAGAAGGACGUUACUAAGAUGAUUAAAAAGAAGAUGAUGCAAACAAUAGACUCUAUUAGGAUUAAUGUGACUCAGACAUUGGUUCACUUGAUAAAGACAUUGCCAAUAGCUAAUAUUCAAUUCUACAACUUGAGGCAAAACUAGAAGGUAAUCUCAUUCCUGCUAGAUCAAUCCAAUAAGGUGUUGAAAAGGCUAAAUCGGCAGAAAUUAAGCAAUACACCCAAGAAAUAUAAGAACUCGACGAGGAGAGACAAGAACAAAAUGAAGUUUAUGAAGCUAAAAUUGCUGAACAUUAUGAAGCCUCCAAAAUCAUCAGAGAAGCUCAAGCAAUUAUUAAGGAUGGACUCUAAAGACCCUCUUUGGCAGAAGUGAAGAAGAAUGGCAAAAAUGUUCUUAGAAUAGCUCCCAAUGUUUUAGCUUAAGUAUCCUCAAGUUUGGGUGGAUCAAUUAAUAAGAUCAGAUAAACUCACAGAUUUACUAAAGCUUAUGCAAGCAUUUUCAAGGUGUUGUUAACAAUCAUGAAUAAAUCUGAAUCUACUGCUGAUGAAGGAUCUGUUGAGAAAAUAAUUCAACUCUGCAGUGAUUUAUUGGCCAAGAUUGAUGACAGUACUAACUUAGAAAGAUUUGCUGAAGACAAGAGAGUUUAGGCUUAUGAAAAACACAAGCAUUUAUUAAAUAGAGAUUUAUAAUCUGCUUAAUCUAUUUUAGCCAACACUCAAGCAACUUUAUAAAGUUUGAAUGAUUAAAUUUAACAGGCCCAAAACUCCAUUGCCACCAUAUAAUAAAGAUUAGAUUAUUAUUAAGAUACUAGAUAAUAAAGAUACACUGAAUGCGAGGAAGCUGCCUAUGAUUAUCAAUAGGCUAGAAGUGCCAGAGAUAACAAUAAACAAUUAGUAUCUGACUUAAUUGGUUUAGUCAAUAAACACCUAAGAGUUCUCAGAGAACAAUUAGCACUUAGAGUUGCAGCUGGUGAUAAUAUAUGAAAUACAUUUGGAUUAUUUCUAUUAUAAUUAA